GGAGGGGUAUUUGAAUACUAUGGACAUAUGCGUGUGUUUGUGUGGAUCUACUGCUGUGCUCUAUGCCCAUGGAUACUCUAAACACAAUUACACAGACACAGCGCCGCGCCUGGGGUAGUGAUACUGAUAGUGACACUAGUGAUGAUGCUGAUGGUGGUGCUGGUACCCAGACAGACCAGGGCUGAGCAAAAGAGGAAAUUAUUGUUUUUCGCCGAGAGAUUAAGAAAGAGACAUGUCAUCAUCGUCGUGCAUCCCUGUCUUUCUCUCUCCCUCUUUCCUUUCUCACACACACACACGCACACAAACAUAUAUCUCCUCUCCCCUACUUCCCUCUUCUCACCCUAGGCAUAGGAGACUCACCAGAUACACCGACAUGGUGCUGGAAAAGAUCCGUCAACGGUUCGACCUGAGUGUGGUCAAGCACAUCGACCUCGAGGACAUGGCCAUUGACUUCACUGGCCCCGACCACUGGACCUCGACCCUCUCCUCCGACCGCCUCGUCGCCCGUCUCACCCACAUCCCCGGGUUCACCUGGCCCAUCCAGCAGGUCCAACUCACGGUCCUUGUUCAGGACAAGGGCGAGCACCUCGGCUCUUUAUACUCACCCUUCACGCCUGCAUCCGUCUCUCGCGGCCAAAUCACUUCCUCCAUCUCCUUCUCCCCCCUCCACAUCCCCCCCGAGUCCCACACCGCCUUCAGUACCUUCAUCGCCGCCCUCACUACCCAGUCUUACCACACCUUCACCAUCAGGGGUUCCGCCGAUAUCCAGUUCAAGCUCGGACGACUCCUUGGUGUCCAUGCGCUUAAUGGUGUCGAUUUCUUGUCAGAUUUGACCUUGAGGGGGCUGAAUAACUUGCCGGGAAUUAAGUGUACGGAUGUGAAGGAUGUAAAGUCAGAAAUCCAUGAGGGACAGGAACGAGAACAGGAUAUGUUGCAGAUGACGGUGCUGUUGGAUAUCCCUAAUCCGAGCCAGUUGUCCCUCACACUGGGUGAUAUCACACUUGAAGUACUCUACAGUGACCAGACCUCUGCAUCAACAGAGGCAGCAGAAGCAGCAACAGAAACAGCAACAGAAACAGCAACAGCAACAGCAACAGCAACAGCAACAGCAACAGCAACAGCAACAGCAACAGCAACAGCAACAGCAACAGCAGCAUCGACUAUAUCUUCUACGGACUCGUGGGUCGAAGCUGAAGAACAAGAUGUCAACAGAGGACAGCAGCAACAACAACAACAAGAACAACAACUCUUUGAAGAAAACUCUGACCAUGUCAUAGGUACCAUCCAUCUUCCGGGUCUGAUCCUGCUACAAGGUGCGAACGACGGUCGGGUCGCAACACUCAGACUUGACACGCGCCUGCAGCGGACAAAACUUUUCCUGGACGAUAUCGCAAAAGAAUCACGGACAGUGCAUCUGAAAGGGUUUCAGGGUACUUCCGAGAACGAAGCCCUGGCCGCUGGCUUGGUCACCUUGGCGACUUCCUUUAUUAUGCCCAGCUUUAUGCUCCCAACCGAUCCGAAGCAUUCAUUCAAAUAGCUGCAUGGACAUAAAAAGAAAACGCGCUCGUCUUUUGCAAUAAAACAGAGAGAGAGAGAGUUAUUG